AUGCUUCUUGGAUCCAGGAGGAAGCAAACAAUUUUAUCUGAGGAAUUCUACAUUAAUGCAACAAAGGACUGUCCGGUUUACAUUAAAGAGAGAAGUUUUAUUACAAAGCCUCUUAGUGAGGAGGAAAAUAAUUUUCCUAUUGCCUACUCCAUGGUCAUCCAUGAGAAGAUUGAGAUGUUUGAGCGACUCCUACGAGCUGUUUAUGCUCCACAGAAUAUCUACUGCAUACAUGUGGACCAAAAAUCCUCUCCAGAAUUUCAGAAGGCUGUGAAGGGAAUUAUUUCUUGCUUUCCCAAUGUUUUCAUAGCUAGUAAACUAGAAAGAGUUGUAUAUGCCUCGUGGUCCAGAGUACAGGCAGAUCUGAACUGCAUGAAAGACCUGCUGAACUCUCAUGUCGACUGGAAGUACCUGCUCAAUACCUGUGGGGCAGACUUCCCCAUCAAAACAAACAGAGAGAUGGUGACGGCACUGAAAGCUCUCAUCGGGAGAAACAGCAUGGAAACUGAAGCCACCAACGACUACAAGAAAACCAGAUGGCAGUAUCAUUACAAUGUUACAGACAAUAUCAUCCAGACAGGUAUCAUGAAGACGCCUCCACCUAUUAGCAGCCCCAUGUUCUCGGGAAAUGCCUACUUUGUGGUCACAAGAGCAUUUGUGGAGCAUGUGAUGCAAAACGAAGACAUUCAGAAUUUCAUGGAGUGGGAGAAGGACACGUACAGCCCUGAUGAGCACAUGUGGGCUACUUUACAGAGGAUGCCCUCUGUUCCUGGGUCAUUGGGGAACAGAAGGGCCAUCUGUGUGUACGGGGCUGGUGACCUACCAUGGCUCCUAGAACAACACCAACUCUUUGCAAACAAGUCUGAUCCUGAAAUUGAUGAUGUUGCAAUCAGGUGUUUGGAGGCAGUUUUGCAUUUUAAAGCUUUAGGCCAUGACCCACUGUCAAAAUAUUUAAAUACUUUGUAA